AUGGCGGACAUACCCCUCGACUAUGGCUCGGCAGAGGCCGACCUAUCUGCCCCUACUGUUCCUAUGCAGGACGAUACCAUGGAUGACGGAUCUCAAGCAGCUCCACCCCAAGGCUCACGCUUCUACGCCUUGCCCACGGACCAAGCCGUUGAAGCAGGUGCACAACGAGGCCCUGCUCCACUCACAGGUAGCGAGACGCAAUCUCUUGAUGGCGCUGCAUUGAUGGGUAAUGAAGAGCCCUCCUCACCUCCCGACCCGCCGGCAGUAGAAAGCGGCAGCGACAUCCGACUAGAUACCCUCCUCAUCGAAGGACUCCCCAUCACCCAACUCUCCACUUCCCGUCUUUUUGCAUAUCUCACACACUACGGUGCUCAACCUCUGGGUCUGGAAUGGAUUGACGAUAUGCGCUGCAAAAUAGUGUUCACUGAUGAAAGGUCUGCUCGUCUUGCGCUAGAAUACCUCUGCCCCUCACCUUCCUCCACCACCGACACCGCUGCUGAGAACACCGAUAUGCAGGACGCAGGAGAAACCGACACCAUCCCACUCCCCAACAUCGACACACUGAUCGAAUACGAUCCCGACUCAUGGCAUUCUGAGUUCAUCACCUCCCUCGUUACUCCUCGCAAAGCCCACCGCAUUCCCGUAAAACUCUACACUCAUGUCGAACGACAAGCUGCACUCACAGAACUCGAAGAACGUGAACGCACCGCCGAAGCCGUCUCCUCCCUCCCAGAUGAUGUACCGGAAAUCUACAGAGAGAUGGAAGAAGCAGAUCGCAAAGCAGCUUUGCAGACACGCGAAGUUCGCGAUCUACAGAAACUUCGCUCCACGCUCUGGUUUAGACAUGCAGUCACUGAUGUUGAUCGAAAAGAGUCUCGCGCAUCCACCAAAUCACAAUGGUACAAGAGGCACGGAUAUGAAGCGGGUAGAGAAAUCGUACCGAAAUUGUUGCAGGUGGGAGAAGUUAGGGAGAGUGUGGAGCUGUUCCCUGAUUACAAGCCGUCUGAGUCUCGGGGUGAUGGAAGGAGAAGACAUAGGGAUGACAAGCGAUCGAUAAUGGAUCAGCUCGACUCCGAACUGGACAAUCAUAUUGCGAGGAGAGAUGAGGAGGAGGAACCAGAGAGACGAUCAGGAGAGAUGAUGGCCGAUGCCGUUCAAGCUCGUCAAUCCAGCCGAAGAUCUAGACGUGAUGAAGACCGUGAUCUCAUGGACAGGCUCGGAUCACGCAGCAGCCGUCGACGACAUGGCGAGACAUCAACAUCAGAAGGUAGAUGGGCUCAUGACGCAUACGAUGAGCUCGAAUCCGGUUCUCGCAGAUCACAGGGUCGUGGCCGUCGUUCCCGUGGCCACCGCAACGAAGUGGACGCAAUGGAUGAAGAAUUGGAAGACAUUCGUCGUCAACGUUCUCACCAGCAUCAACGCGAACUUUCGCCCGGCCGUGGCGGCUCUAGGUCAGAAGAGGGUCGAGUAAAAGUGAAAGGAAGGGGAAGGAUGAAAGCUCCCGGCCUUUCUAGCUUCGACGAUGAGGGUAAAGGAAGCUUGGCUUCGCGUAUGAACGGCGGCAAUUUGCUAGGGAGGAUGGGUGGACGUGAUUUAGCUGAUCGCUUCUCCUAA